CGUGUGUGGAAGUUAUAUAUAUAUAUUCUUUCUACAUCGUGUAGCCAAGUUUGGUAGUCGAGAAGUGAUUUUUUCCGUGUGAUUGUCUCAGGCUACAUUAUUUCCAGUUUCUACUAACAGUGUUUAUUUAAUCAUUCAUCAUUCCGUCAUUAAUAAGAGCUAGAAUCAACGGGUGGGGAGCUUCUCGUCAGGGAAGGCUUGCCAUAGAGUUUGUACAGAUUCCAGACGGUCCUUUCUUGUUUGAGGAGUGUAACUGUGAAGACGGUCCACCCUGGGGUGAAAGCUGAGACAAACAGCAGUUGAUUUGUCUUGUGGUCUAGCCGUACUGUUGCUGAAUAUUUUAGAACUUUUCCAAACAAACCGGAUUAAGUUUGCACCAAAAUUUUUCCUGACCAAAAAGCAAAUAUGAAGACCCAGACAAACCAGCUGUUAAGCAAUAUAACAAACAAGUCUGUUCUGGAAUUUGUUAAGAGCAUUAUCAGUGAAAUGGAUGUAGAAAAACCCUUCUAUGUCUUUGACAUGUCUGAUAUAGUGCAUAAGUACAAAAUGUGGAAGUACAAAAUGCCUCGGGUAAAACCCUACUAUGCUGUGAAGUGCAAUGACAAUCCAUUACUGUUGGAACUACUUGCUACCCUGGGAUUGAACUUUAGUUGUGGGAACAAAUUGGAGAUUCAGUCAUUGUUAGGCCUUGGGGUUGACACACCUCGUAUUAUCUCUGGAAAUCCAUGUAAAACCCAUUCUUUCAUCAAGCAUGCUGCAGCUGUUGGAAUUGAUUUGCUGACCUUUGACAGUGAAAUGGAGCUACACAAAAUCAAGAUUGUUCAUCCAUCAGCUCAAGUAAUGCUUUGUAUUCAUUUGGAGAACGGUGAUGAAAAUGUCUCUCAGUUUGGCUUUAAGUUUGGAAGUGAUAUAAAUCAUGUUGAACAUCUUUUGGAAGUGGCUAGAGAAUUGGAACUUGAUGUUGUAGGGGUGAGCUUCCAUGUUGGCAGUAACUGUGUAGACAAAACAGAUUAUGAUAAAGCCAUACAUUCUGCUCGUCAAGUGUUUGACAAGGCUAUAAGCAUGAACUUUAAUAUGACCAUUCUGAACAUAGGAGGAGGUUUUCCUGGAGCAAAAAAGGAGAGUCCUGAUUUUGAUGAGAUUGCUCAUGCGGUAAAUCAAGCUUUAGAGAAACAUUUUCCAUUGGAUAGUGGUGUUGAUAUAGUUGCUGAGCCAGGUCGUUACUUUUCAACGUCUGCCUUCACUCUUUGUGCCAAUGUUAUUGCAGAGAGACAGGUUGGAGCUCCAAAUAAAGAUGAUCCAGUGAUGAUGUACUACCUCAGUGAUGGUAUCUAUGGCUCCUUCAGUUCUUUGUUAUUUGAACAAUCUAAAUUUAACCCUGUGCCUUUGGUGGACACUGCUGAUAAUACUGGAGUUAACUGUAGUUUGUGGGGACCUACAUGUGAUACCUUGGAUCAAAUUAUAGAAAAAUGUACCCUGCCCAUCAUGACUGUAGGAGACUGGAUAAUGUUUGAAAAUAUGGGGUCUUAUAAUUUGUCUUUGGCAUCUGCCAUGAAUGGAUUCCAGAAACCAGAAAUAAAGAUUAUAUUGCCUGUAGCCACAUGCAUGUUUCUACAGGAAUUGCCAGGAUGGGUUUGUCUAGCACAAUCACUUGAAGGCAACAAAGAGCAUGUGCAAGUAUCAAAAGAAGAAAAGUUACAAGAAGCCUUACCUUACACACAGUUUCCUUUCAGAGAUAUUAUAAAAAUUUAGAUAACAGCUCAGAUGUUAUUCUGGUAGUAUUCAAAGUAUAUCAGAGACCAUGUAUAUGUAUUGAUGCUUCUUAUAACUAUAAAAAAAUGUAUUAUUUUCUUCAUACGUUAACAGCACUGACUUUUUCCUAUCUGUUUUUACCAUUCUAAUUUAAAUUUAUGAUGUAAACCAACCACAGUUACAUUCCACUUACACGUUCUUUGUAUGUUGUACUUUACAACCUUAUUCAAUAUACAAGAUUGUGAUUGUGGUGAAUUUAUGCAGUGUGUGUAGAUUAUAGGUCAUAACUUGGAAUGAAACAACUUUGCACACAUUAAUUAAUAGCUCUUAAGCAUAGAUAUUCAGAAUUUACUCAUAACAUUUGGUUUGGAGCCUGAGACAUGGUAUUUUUAUUCAGUGUAAGCUUAAUUGGCAGCUAUGCUUUGUUGCUAAUGUUGUUGUAAAGACCUUCGUUUCUUAAUCUAUUCAGAAACCAUAGUAUACAUAAUAUUAAGAAUACUGGUGUGAAUUUUGAAGUGUUUGGAAAAUUCUAUUAAUAUUUAGUUGAACUGUAAAGCCACAGCUCAUUAAACAGUAUGGCUAAACUACACCAUGGCUUUUUUGUGUGUGUUUAUGUGCAUCUAUCCUAAAGACUUGAAAUAAAAGUAUAUCAAGAAGAACAUUG